AUGAGAGAUUCCAGAAAUCGAAUCACUUUACUCCCGCAUCAACAACGAGAAGGUUUCUCCUUUGAUGAUCUCAUCAAUGAGAGUGAAGAUUAUUAUGCAAAAUUUGGGUUAGCACGAGGAUCUUCUCAAAAUAAUAACACGAUGGAUGAUACUGCCAGUGAAUCCUCUCAUUUGAUGGAACGAAAUCAAUCUCGACAAUUAUCAAGACGGAAACGAUGGUUCCGAAAAUUGAUCGGUUUCAUUAUUAUGAUUUCAUUUAUUUGUGGAUGUGUAUUAUUGGCUGUUGGAUUAUUGUUGGGACUUUUAAUUAAUAUUGGAGUGGUGGAUGCGUUUUGUAACAUGCAAUUUGAGUUUACAAAACCACAAGGAAAUAGUUCUGUGAGUGCUAUGGAUGUAUUUGGAAAGAUUAAGACACAGGCAGAAAUUCCUCCGUACUAUUUGACGUAUGCUUUUAGUAAUAAUUACACGAUUGGAUGUUUUUACCGACCGAAAGUGUUUGGUGAUGUUGCACAAUUGAAUUUCACAAUUUUUGAGAGCAGCAUGAACAAAAUUAUUGUCAAUGCCUCAUCUCACUCUGAGAAAGGUCAAGCUUUUGAUUUUGGACAAAACUAUUUAAAUAUCAAGUCACUCAUGGAUAAGACAGGUCUGGGCAAUGAUUAUUUGCAGACCAUUAUCAGUGGUUGUCGGUAG